AUGAUUUUCCUGUUGUUGUUUGUCUCAUUGUUGGCUUUUCUGUUCCACGAGUUAUACUGGAAACGAAGGAAUUUCCCGCCAGGUCCAACGCCUCUUCCAUUUCUGGGAAAUCUGCUGGAAGUACAAGCAAACGAGCCCGGCUAUGAAGCUUACCGGAAAUGGCAAAAACAAUACGGAUCAGUGUACACAUAUUGGUUAGGCACAAAACCAAUAGUGAGCGUGAAUGAUUACGAGACGAUCAAGGAGACUUUCAUCAAGGACGGCGACAAAUAUGCGGAUCGAUUUCACUUUAAAGAGAUCACCGAUAUGUACAGGGGCGGUGACUAUGGUGUUGUGGAAACAGACGGACCAUUGUGGCGAGAUCAAAGAAGAUUCACUUUGCAUACCCUUCGAGACUUUGGAAUGGGAAAGAACAUCAUGGAGGAGAGGGUAAUGACUGAAGUUGAUCAUCUUUUGGAGAGACUCGAGAAGCAAAAAGGAGAGAUUUACAUACAAAAAGAGUUCGACAUCUCGGUUGGCUCAAUCAUCAACAAUAUUCUAUUCGGGUAUCGAUUUGACGAGGAACGAGUCGACGAGUUUCUCUUUGUCAAAUCGUCGAUCACAAAACAAAUGAAAGAAUUCGCGAAUCCUUUCAUGUUCUUGAUCAUCCUUUUCCCUAAACUACGAUAUUUUCCCUACUUUAGCACCGUCUUUAAAAGACUCUUCACAUAUCGAAAUGCACUUUUCGACUUUUUCGAGAAACAAAUUGAGGUGAAAAUGAAAGAAGUCGAUUUGAAUGAAGAGAACUCGAAUGACUUUGUUGAAUGCUUCUUGAAAGAAAAAGAGCGAAAAAAGGGAACACCGGCUGAAAGCUUUUACAGUGAUCUUCAACUCCAAAAUCUUGUUUUCGACCUGUGGGUGGCGGGAAUGGAAACCACUUCAAACACUCUCACCUGGGGAUUCUGUUAUAUUUUGAAUCAUCCAAAUGUGCAAGCGAAAAUCCACGAGGAGUUGAAUCGAGUGAUCAAAUCCGAGCGAAAAGUGCUGAGCUCGGAUCGGAAUGAGCUUCCCUAUGUGAAUGCUGUGAUAUGUGAGAUUCAACGCCUCACAAACUUGUUGCCUCAAAAUCUCUUCCAUCGAACCACUGAAGAUGUGGUAAUUAAUGGGUUCACUGUACCGAAAGGCACCGCUAUUCUUCCACAAAUCUCAUGUGUUCUCUAUGAUGAAAAGACUUUUCCCGAUCCCUAUUUGUUUAAUCCAAAUCGCUUCUUGAACUCUGAUGGAAGUCUGAAAAAAGUCGAACAACUCGUCCCAUUUUCCGUUGGGAAACGGCAAUGUCUUGGAGAGGGAUUGGCUCGACUUGAGCUCUUCCUCUUCAUUUCGAAUGUUUUUCAAAAGUUUCAGGUUUCCUCAAAAAUCGCACCAUCGAUGAAGAAAAAGUUCGGCACCACCGUUCAAGCGCCCGAGUUUUUUCUUAUAAUCAACAAUCGUUUUGAUGCU